AUGGCCCUCUCAGCACCCAGCACGGACGCUCAAGUCCUCAUUGCGCAAGAAACAAGCCCCGAGCAAACCUUCCGCUCUUUCACUGCCGACACAGCCUGGACACUAGGUAAUGCCCUCCGCACUCGCAUCCUUUCUCUCCCCGACAACCAACGCAAGCCCGCCCUGAUCUCCAUUGCACUGGCCACUGCUACAAGCGGUGGCGGCUCUUUGCACAUCCUCUUCCAAUCCGCCACAGCAAGUGGGACAAUCCCCGAUAACGAGAACUGGGUGCGCCGGAAGCGAAACACCGUGUUGCGGUGGGGCGUGUCGAGCUGGACGAUGCGGCAGAAGAUUGCGUCGGGGCUUGGGUUUGCUACGAGCGCGGAUAACAUUGAGAGUGCGUUUGUGAAGAAGUUUGCACUUGCCAGUGGUAGUGGGGGAGCUGUUGCGGAUGAGUAUGCUAUUCACGGCGGUGGAUAUCCUAUUCGUGUGCGUGGGGUCGAUGGGGUGGUUGCCGUCGUGGUUGUUAGUGGAUUGAAGCAGGAGGAUGAUCAUCAGGUUGUGGCGGAGACUAUUAAGGAGCUUAUUGCGCAAGGAAAUUAG